AUGCCCGAGGCUUAUGUAGAGAAGACACAAAAUGAGCUUGGCGCAAUCAUAUCUGCGCCCAAGUUGACUGAGAAACUCCUUAUGAGGCCCCCGUUUCGCUUUUUACACGAUAUUAUCACAGGCUUUCUUGGCGUCACAGGGUUCCCGAAGGGGCUCUUCCCUGCCGAGAUGCUUGACAGCGCCAACGUGGCGGAUAAGGCGAAAAAGAUUGAGUUCCUGACGCUACUUAUUGCUGCCGUGAAUGCAGGAACGGGGAGGAACCUAACGGUGCAGCCAUCAAAGGUCGUUGCAGGGCAGGAGCCGGAUAAGACCAACGAGCUGCUGCAGUCCCUUGCGGCAUGCGCUGCGCUCACUGAGGAGCAAAAGAUGGCUGCUGUGCGGGCGGCAAAAGGGGACGACGGGGAGCCUCCAGCGGCGACUAAGAAGGCUUCUGACAAGGGAACGGACGAAGCGGAGCAGGAAAAAGAAAGGGAGCUGGAGAAGAAGGCGGAGGAGCGGCGCAAGAGGAGGGAGGAGGAGAAAAGACGCGAAGAGGAGGAGAAGAAACGAGCCAAAGAGGAGGAAAAGGCCGCGGCAGCUGCGGCGGCUGAGGCGGCUGAGGCGGAGCGACAGCGACAAGAGGAGGCAAAGGCGCAGAGCAAGGCACGCAAAGUCGAAGAGUCACACGCCAGCAGGAGUGAUGAUAAGGAAGGCAAAAAAAGACAUGGAGACGCGUUGGAGGAAAAGACACUGAAACCUGACGAUGAGGAACGACGCAAGCGACGUGAAGAAAAGCGACGCCGUGAGAAGGAAUUGGCGGAGCGGGAAGAAUCUCUGGCGCCCCACGAGGGUUCAACGUCUAUCUUAAACCUUGGACGCCCCGAACACCACACUUCUAGUGCGUCGACUAAUGUCACUACUGCUUCCGCCGCAAAUACAAUUGCUACCCCGUUCGCAACAGGAAAGGCUCCACCGCGCACCAAACCAACGCACGAAGUUGUGGAGGGCUCCCAGAUGAGUGCUGCCCCCAUCCCCGCUGUUAUUCGUGAGAGCAAACGCACUUCCAGCUCCGUGGCGCAGGAACCGGAGGAUGAAAAUGAGUGGAAGCGGAUCGCCGACAUGCAGGAGGCAAAACCGGUUACAAGUGGCAGUGGCAGUGGUGGAGGAGGUGCCAACGAGGCAGAGGCGAAAGGCUACUUGGGGCAACAAGCGUUGAAGGCAAAACGGGAACAGGAAGAGGAGGCUGCACGUCGGGCGCAGGAGACGCACGCGCGUGCGCUUCAAGGUGGGGGCAGUGGCGGUGGGAUCAUUAUCCACACCACAAAGAGCGGUAAGUCUGGCACGGCAAUGGCUGAGAGUGAACUCAGCAAGCUGAGAGAGCAACUGCAACUGCUGACGAAGGCCUCCAACCCUCUGGGCAAAUUAUUAGAGUCCAUCUAUGACGAUAUAGACACCAUGGCGAGGGAGCUGGAGAUGUGGCGCUCGGAGGCGCGAAGCCAGGCACUAGCCGCGGCGGACGCUCGGCGACAGACGAUGGAGAGUCUACAGGAGGUACACGCCCAACUUCAGAACUUGGAGGACGCCAUCAACGAUCAAGUUCUUAAGACACACAAUAUUCGUCGUAGUGUCAUUAACAAUGACAAUGCCAUUGCAGGAAUGGUCCGCAUGAUUGUUGGCCCUAAUCUUGGAAAGGCUUAG